AUGGGCUACCACCCCUUCCUACCCACAGCUGUUGCACGGGUCAACGUGUUAUGUGUCCCAGCAGGGCCGGUAACGCCAGAUCGUUUCCAGGAAUUCAUCAAAUCUUUGCAGAAUGCUGCAACCGUCCAGCGUGGAGUCCUGGGCUCGUCUCCCUCUCCUGAAGCGGUAGACACCUCCCGUGCAGGAAAUGGCUGUAUCUUUUACGACAUCUCAGCAAAUCAAGAGAUAGGCCGACCGCAUCUUUUCCCUUUCGAGACGAACACGCGGUGCCAAGUACUUCUGGGACUGAUUGAUGGCGAAAGAGUCGCAAAUGUGUCUGUCGCUUCCCCGGAAGCAAAUGGCCAGGCCCAGGGCGAUAUAUCUACCACGCUUGACUCUAUCAGAGCCCGUUUCGAAGAGCAGCUGCCCUCAAGUCCUGGACUGGUCGUUCGUCGACUCAUUUAUUGCGGCGCAGAACCUUCCAAACCUCUUGGCGAUGACAUUCUGAGCAUGCCCAAGGCUGAUAUUGACAAUGCUGCUCGUGCGAUCGUGACCAUUAUAUCAGGGCAACUACAGGACGGCAUCGAACACAUUGUCAAUGACUUCAAAGACCAGCCAAUCAGUAUGGUGCCUGGUGCAAAUUCUCAAACUCCUCGACGCACCGGCACAUCCCCAGUACCGACAGAUAGGAACUCGACUCCCGUAUCCACGAGGUCUCCAAGCCUGGUGCCGGCUUCCAAUGGUUCAGAGCAGCAGAGCGAUACGUCGAGGGGACGAUUCAACGUCAUUCGAGGCAUGUUUUGGCUUCAACGAGGCUACUGGACUGAGGCAAUGAGCUGUCUCGCUGAGGGAGCUGCUGUCGCGCAAAGUGGUCAUGACCAUCUGUGGCAUGCAAAGGCUCUUGAGCACCUUCUUGUCUGCAUGCUUCUUCUAUCUUGGUCCGAACUGAGUUUCGAUGUGCCGCAAGUUUGUCGCUCUCUGCCAAACAGAAGCGGAGUGUAUCAAGCUGAGGUUGCACCAAAAUCAGGCGACUCAUUGAAGAUAUUGGCCCAAUUGCUACCGCCACUGGUUGAGAAUGUUCUUGAACUCUACGCCAAGGUGGCUAAUUUGGACCUGGGCGGAUCUUUGCAAGACAUUUUGAGGGAAUGUCGCGUCAGACUUGUCAACAUCCUGAUUUACGUGAAGCGUGCUGGAGGUGUGCUGAACAAACAAGGUUUAAAUCAGAUUGUGACGGGUGACAGUGUUCCGUUCGACAACUCCGUACACACUAGUGGAGAACCUGUUGCUAUUUCCAAAGCUGGGCUUGCCAAUAUCCUGAUCGAGACGCUUCAAGAAGCUCAAUCGAGCAGGAAUCCGUCGCACCACACGAGUAUUUUGGUUGCAGUCGCCUCCAGCCUGUCAAUGUUGGGAUUAGACCGCAAACACGCCUUCUAUCUCAAGCAGCUAAUGCAACAAUUUGUCCCGAAACUGAUUGAGGCGAGGAAGAUUGGUGCUUCCGAGGCCGGUAUCCAUCCUGCCGCUGGACUUCCACCUCUGAACACUGCACUUUUGGGCAUUCUCCCUGAGAUGAUGGUUGGCACAAGAACUAUGCUGAACCUGGCGGCCGGGGCUUAUGGGGUGCCUCUGCCACCGGUACCCCGAGCAGGGCAGAGGAUACCUGCUGAUCUCAAUACCAUCCACGAUAGACUGAAAAUGUGGGCUAUCGAGCACAGUUCUGGAGAUGUCAUGCUGAAACUAGAAAUGCUGCGAACGUGUGUGGCGGUCUGUGAGGCGUUGCCCGAUGUCCCGGCUGGACUUCAUUUCACGUCGAACAUUUUGCGCGAUGCAAAACAAAUGAUCACUAUGCCAAAAUAUCCAGCUGAUCUGGUUCCAUUGGUCCCAGCAGAGGACCAAGUACGCCUUCUCGACAGUGUGAAACGCGCUGUCUCAGCGGCUUCGCGAUUAGGGGCACAUGGCUCCCGUGCUGAAUUUUGGGAUGAUUUUCUCGUCCGGGAUAUUCAGGUUUUUGAACAAGGAACUUUCGCGAAGCUAAAUGCACACAAGCCUAGCGACCUCACCAUUCGUGGGAGUGGACUUGUCGAAACAGUGCGUGAUCCUUUUAUAUACAAUCCUUUCUCCAAAGACAAAUCCGUCGCCGCAGCUCCAGUUCUAGUCGCAGGGGAACUAGCUACGUUCACCGUCCUUCUGCAGAAUCCGCUCGAAGUGGAAAUUGAAAUCGAAGAAAUCAGUCUGUUGAGCGAAGGGUGUGAUUUCACUCCCUCGCGUCACAGCAUCGUGCUGGGCCCCUUCUCGACACAGAUCUUCACACUCAGUGGCAUCCCGACAGGAAGCGGUGAUUUGCAGAUCAUCGGUUGCAGAGCAACCGUGCGCAACUGCUAUGAACAGGACUUCCUCACUUUCCGCGAUGAUUGGAAACUUCCAGUCAUCGCGAAGCAGAAUGCCGUUCGAAAAGUCAGGCCCAGCAGAGUGCAGGCUGAUGAAAACAAUGGGUCCCUGCUGAGUGUGAACUUCCCACUGAGUCUCCCAGGAGCGACCCCCUUGAAGCUCCAGGUCAUCGGCUCUCAGCCUCAACUUGUUGCCAGAUCGAGCAGCUUGAAUGAUCCAGCCAUCAUGCUCCUAGAGGGAGAACAGCGCGUUUUCGACCUCACGCUAGUCAACGAAAGCCAGGUCGUACCCGCUGAUUUCGUCCUUGUCACUGCAGAGGACUCCGUUGCUACAAGGCUCCAAGAGGCUCUUACGAACAAAGACCUUAGCCCUGCCGAAAUGUACGAAAUCCAGAACCAGCUCACGGUACAUCCAGCUGUGGAUAUCACAGAUCAGCGCGACGAGAACUCCUCCAAAAUCUUAGAGCCUGGCCGGAGCAUUGCAUACAAAGUGACAAUCUUUGGUCGAGCAGGCCUUGUGAGUGCUGCUGUACAAGCAGACUAUGCGUAUCUUGGGUCACCGUCAUCAGAAGUGAAAGGCACUUUCUACACUCGACAAGUCCGGUUCCCCAUCUCUGUCACGGUCAACGGCUGCGUGGAGAUACCACGAUGUAAUAUCCUCCCGAUUCACAAUGACUUCAGCUGGAGUUCCGGCUCGAUUGCAGACAAAUCAAGAGAGGUAAAUGACAAUGAUCUAAGCAGGAUGUCAGGCGUAUCCAUGUUAUCCAGUUGGCUCAAGUCUCAACGUGAUGCAAGUCAAUAUUGCAUGUUGUCGCUGGAUCUACGAAACGUCUGGCCACAGCCUCUUCACAUUGAACUUCAAGCUCGGAAGUGGAAAUCAGAAUCCGCUCCCGACGAUCAGCUCUGGGAGGAUGCGUAUUCGGUCACUGAGACACUGCAACCUGGCCACGUCAGUCGGGUGGUCUUGCUAGUGCCUCGGCUGUUCAUUCAGGAUCCUCAUGCUCCAAUCCCGAACCUGGAGGCACAGAAGCAAUUUGUGGUAACGACCUCGAAGCUGAGUGCAGAAGCAGAAGCAGCAAGCCGAGAGUCCUUCUGGUACCGUGAAGAGCUUCUCAAAUGCCUACGAGGCACGUGGCGGGAAGAGGGCUCAGGUAGACAUGGCGAUAUCGAUCUGAGAAAAGGUGUCAGAUUGAGUCCACGGAUGGUGGAUGCACUUAAGAUCGACCACGUCGAGAUUGAGUUCGCUGUCAAACCACACGAACAAUCUCAAGCAGGUGGCCUUGGAGAUACGGCCGUGAGACAGAUCGGGAAAUCACAUUUCGUCGUCCAGACCGAGGUAUUCGCCACCCUUACGGCCACAAUUCACAACCACAGCCGAGAGUCACUGCGCCUACUCCUUCGUCUCCAGCCUGCCCUCCGCCACCAACCUCAUAACAUCGCCCUGGACCUGACGAAGCGGUUUAUCUGGACCGGUGUGCUCCAACGUGCCCUGUACCCCGCCGUUGAGCCUGGCAGUAUUUGUGUGGCCGAACUAGGAAUCAUUGCGCUUGCUGACGGAGAGUAUGAGAUCAACGCGUCCGUUGAAGAGAUCAGCCGUCGUCGGACGCAAAGCACGACAAAGUCGUCAGAGGUGCCAGGCGGUUCGCUGGAAAGACGGAUUUGGCAUGCUAGAUCGCCUUGUCUGAUUGACGCCGUUGGAGCCGGGGAUCCCGAUGGCAAGGCCUCAGAGAACUGA